AUAUGUUAGGCAAACGAGAUUUUGAAAGCCACACGCACUGUCAAUAAUGGGUUGCCUCAACGUUUUUAAAAUCAUCGUUGUUGUAAUUCCUCUGGCUUUGGAAAAAACCGUCGCUGGUGCUGAAACUUGGGGUUACUUUGGUAACAUAGGACCAGCCAACUGGACCGAUAUUAACCCAACAUGUGGGGGUCAACGGCAGUCUCCCAUCAACAUCCAGGCAAAACAAGCUCAGGCCAAGAAGUACGACCCUUUCGUGAUGCAUAAUUUUGACACAACUAAUGCCACUCUUGUGCUGAAGAACAGGGGCCAUACAGCCCAGAUUGACCUGUCCGGACCACAUCUGAAAGUGUCAGGUGGGGGUUUGAACGGAGACUACAUAACUAUCCAGCUCCACCUUCACUGGGGUAAAACAAGUUCUAAUGGGUCAGAGCACACCCUGGAUGGCACAGCGUACCCCAUGGAGUUGCAUAUAGCCACCUACAAAGCAUCCUACGGGACUCCACUUGAGGCACUGGACCAGGCAGAUGGGAUAGCUGCACUCGGCUUCUUCGUGGAGAUUGGAAACACCACUCAGAAGGGCCUGGAAACCAUGGCCGAUGCGCUGCCUCAGGUUCUUCAAAAUGGGACAAAUACAACAAUGAUGCCUUUCAAGCUUGAAGAAUUCCUUCCUAACGACCUCAAGAACUUCUACCGUUAUCUUGGCAGUUUCACGACCCCAACAUGUAAUGAGUCUGUCAUAUGGACUGUCUUUACGGACACCAUCAAGAUUACUGAGGAAAAGCUGGCUGAGUUCCGAAAACUGCAAUCUGGCGAAAUGAACGACAACGGCGACUACAACAUGUAUGACAAUUUCCGCCCGAUCCAGAGUCUUGGAACAAGAGUCGUCUACUCCAGCUUCGGAAUUUAUGAACCUUCGGGUGCUCAUAAGUCUAACCCUUUGACAUUCUCCCUAUUCGUCCUUCUUGCAACAAUGAAUCUUUUAAUCACGACCUAGUUGCAUGAUAAUCAAGAAGCCCAUGUGUCUAAUAUCUGUCUGUUGGCUCCCUUUGUUGUUAGGAUUCGUUUGUGGUGACUCAAAUUCCAGUUUGUGAUAUUCCUCAGUCUGUCAAAACAAUGAUUGUGCUCAUG